CCUCGGAAGUCAUCGGAUGGCAAAAGAGUUAGUUUUCGGGAACCAAAUGACGAGAAGAAUCAAACGACUGAUUACGCGAAGAAUAAGCGAAUUGAAGACCAGAAGAAGAAAUUGAUUAAAGACGCUCAGAUUGAAAAUAUGAAGUCAAAGGCCAUUAAAAAGCCGAUUAAUAUGCGAAACGCCGACAAAGAGAAUAAGAGACCAAAUGUUGAGAAGAAGAAUCCAUACGCGGAGGAGAAGUCGACGGUUCAGGAGUACGAAAGACAAAAGUCUAUAGAGGUUUGGGAGCAGUUUCUGGAGGAGAGACGACAAUUUCGUGCCAAAAAAGUACUUCCGUUCAUGAGUUCGACCCCUAAUUUGUCUCAAAGAAAGCUCUUGAAGACAAAAUCGAUUUUGAAGAAACCAAAACUGCCACCCAUUGGACAGUUACCCGAAUACAGCGCCGCCCGUAAGAGGGAGAGACCGGACGAUGAUAUUGAAUACGAUGUCGAGCCCUCAUAUCUGGGCCCUUCGACCUCGACAUCACCGGCGCCCACACCCAGUGGUUCGGGCGGUAGUCGUCUCUAUCAGGAUAUAAUUGAAGCGCAAAAACGUAAAAAUGAUAAAAAGCGCGAAGAAAUAGCCAAAAAGUUCAAGACUACUGGAGUGAUUGGGUACGACCGGUGGGCCAACCCGAAGGGAGUCCACAAACAUCAGGCCUAUACAGACAAACCUAAGGUCGAGAACUGGCCGGUGCCCAAGACUAAGCCAUUUAUUACACCAAUCGAUCGCUUGAAAAUAAUUCAGUCCAGAAGUCUAGACAAUUUACAGCCGUCGACAUCGUCGGCCACUCCGGAGUUCCUCAAAGACCCCAAUGACUUGGAACUCAAUAUAUCGCGAGCAAGGUCAUCCAAAGUGUUGGGCAAAAAUAUAAGGCGAGUGGAGCACCGGCCGACCUGGCUGUCCAAUUUUUAUGACUACACAUAUACUCUACUGAAUCGU